CUCAGCACCAGAAACGAAGCCCGGUUCGCCGGUCCUCGUCGUUGAUUUGUUGCUGGGACAGAGAGCAGCUGCUAUUGAGCCUGCGCUCCUCUACCACGCCGCGUGGAAACUGGGUGCUUGGUUUGACACAGCACAAGUGGAAGGCAGAAGCUGGCUGGAUUUUAGGUCAAAGAAACAGCAAUGUCAGAAGAAAUCAGAAAGAGAUUUGAUUUUCCUAACACACUUAUACAGUCCCAAACUGUGGGCCAUCUUGUUGCUGCCGUACUGAAAGAAAAUGUUUCCUCAAGCAAGAUAAGCCAGUCCACUAACCAGACCCCUGCAUUAAACUUGCUCUGGGAAAAGUGCUGCAGUGACAGUGUGGUUGUCCGAACAGCAUGUUGUGAGGCGCUGGUGACUCUUGUUUCACAGGACCAUGCCGAGCUAAGCUAUGUUCUUAAUGGUGCUCUCAACCUGAUUCCUUCUGCUAGGAAUGUCCAUGGUGUGAUAAAAAUCAUAAUGAAACUGUUACAAAUGCAGGCCAAGAAGAUGACAAAAAGUGAAGAGGAACAACUGUGUGAUUUAUAUGCUAUCAGGAAUUCUCCUCAUCCCCUGAUCACUGUGCUUGAAAACAGACCAGACUGCUGGCCACUGCUCCUACAGCAGAUGACAACUUUUUUCCAGCAAUGCCCAGAAAGUGCAGGAAGUUCACGUGUCUGCAUAAUGAGACCAUUUCUAAGAUAUCUGUACGGUGAGCCCUGCCAGCUGCGGGAACAUGCUGAAUUACGAAUGGGCCUGCUUAGAGUCUUACUUCAGCCAUUUGUACCCCAGAAGAAAGAAAAACCUUCUGUCCUUGAGUGCCACCUCCUUCAGUUGUUCUGUGACUUAAUUCCACAUUAUCAGAUAAGAGACCUGCCACAAGUCACAGAAACACUGCUUUUCCUAGAAGAGUUAUUCCAGAGUCUGCUGCGCUACCCUGUUUUUUGGAAAGCCCAAUUAUCCCAGUUCUGUCUGCAGAUGUUAUGCUUCUGUGAGGUUUGCCUGCAUGUCACGGGCGAAUGUUCAUCUUUAAUUUGCUUGAUGGAAGAAAACAUUGAGUUCUUGAAAGAGGGUUUUCCGUUUGAGCUCGCUAUAAUUGGAUUAGGCUUGCUCCUACUACAAGCUCCAGCUAGUCAGCAAAAGCCCAUCUUAAACCUAGCCAUCAAGCUUCUUUCUUGUUUGGAAACCAAGAUGACUCUAGCCACAACCCUCAUCCUGGUAAUGCCUGCACUGCAGAUCUUAUCUUCCACAGCUAUUGAGGAUGGUGUAACUGAGGGUGAUGGUGGCACAACUAGGCAGCAGUUGGCCAUAAAUCUUCUAGAACGUGUACAGCAAGAAGAAAUGAAAGAGAAAAAGGAAUCGGCUUCUUGUGAGUACUUCUUUCCCAUAACCAGUGCUUAUGGUUUGUUGCAUACUACAUGGAGAAUCGUUAUACUUCUGAGAGGAAAGUCUUCUGUGUUUGACUGGUUGUCUUCUAUUAAAUCCAUGCUUCCUAUUACAACUCAAGUUCCUGUCCAUGUUUUUCUCCUGCUGGCCUAUCUUCUUGUUCAAGAAAAUGGAGUAGGUCUUUGUGCUGUACUGGCUGCCACUCCAGAAAUAGCCAAAGCAGAUCCAUCCCAGGUGCCAAAUCUGAUUCCAGUCCUGAUGUUCAAACUGGGAAGGCCACUGGAGCCUCUAGUGUAUCAGAAUAUCUUGUAUACUUUGCCUGCUUUGGGUGUGCACAAGGUCUGUGUGGCUCAGAUUCUGCGUGCGUUGCAGGUGUUAGGAAGCACACCGAAGCUUCAGGCCGUUACUUUACGACUGAUGACAUCUCUGUGGGAGAAACAGGAUCGCGUUUACCCAGAACUACAGAGAUUCAUGGCGAUGUCUGAUAUGGCUUCCCUAUCUGUAAGCAAAGAUACUCAGUGGGAAAAGGUGAUUGCCAAAGCUGCUUCUAUCAGAGAUAUAUGCAAGCAAAGGCCGUACCAACAUGGAGCAGAUAUGCUAGCUGCUAUUUCCCAAGUAUUGAAUGAAUGCACAAAACCCGACCAAGCCACACCUGCCGCCUUAGUAUUACAAGGCCUUCACGCACUUUGUCAAGCUGAGGUUGUUUGCAUUCGCUCUACAUGGAAUGCACUCUCACCAAAGUUGAGCUGCGAUACCCGACCACUCAUUUUAAAAACACUGAAUGAACUGUUCUCCCUUGUGCCUUCAUUAACAGUGAAUUCAAAUGAAUAUGAGAAAUUUAAAGCUCAAGUUGUCAGCUUCCUGUGGAGCCACACUCAGAACAAGGAUCCUCUUGUAGCCAUCUCUGCAUACAAAUCUCUCUCAGAAUUUGGCUCUGAAGAACACACCAUCCUUCAUCUUCCAGAACAGGCAAGACCAGAACAGGACCAACAAGAAGAGACGGACAUAAAUGAUGAUGAUGAAGAAGAAAAGGAGGUGGAUCUUUCUAUUCCUGGUACCUCAUAUAUCAAAUUGUUGUUGCUCACACCUCCUCCUGUUCUACCAGCAUUCGAAGAGUUUGCAGCAUCGCUUGUGAAAGAGGAGAUGGCCAACAUGCCUCGUGGCAUAUACCAUUCUGCACUUAGAGGAGGUGCUGUUAGGUCAGAUCAAGGGAAGACUGUAUCGGGAGUUCCAAACUUUAUGUUGAAAAUGUAUGAGAGGAACAAGCAACCAGGACUGAAGCCUGGCCUUGCAGCUGGCAUGCUACUCUGUUAUGAUCUUCCAGUCCACAUGGGUAAGGAUGGCAAACCUAUCAGCCGAUUUCUAGCCAGUAGGGGGCGCAAUUUCCAGCAGACGUUAAUAGCUCUCAUCCAUGAGGUAAACAUUCAACCUUCAGAAUGGCAUCGUUCUCUGCUACUACCUCAGUCCUGGGCAGGAUUUAUGGAGAGAACAUAUCAUGCAGCUUUACAAGGAAGGCAAGCAGAGUUGGAGAUGCAGUUAAAGCAUGGAAAAGAGGGACCUGAAGAAGUGCAAUACAAACAAUUUACAGCCUGGCUCUGGGUCAGAGAGAUGUUGACUGAUGUAAUCAAGGGUGCUUCAAAGGAUAGCCCAGUGGUAAAGGGAAAUUGUCUUCUAGCCUUAACAGGCCUUGCAGUUGCUGUAGUAAAACAUGAGAAGGGACUUUCUUUGGACACUGAAGAAGCGAUCGAUACUGAGCCAGACUUUCUUCCUACAAAGCACUGGAUCUCCAUGGUGAUAGAUACCCUCCUUAGUAUUGUAGACAGUCACUACCGCCCCAAGGGGCGCGUCUUCCCAUGGUUUUAUCAGAAAUCCUACUCCGGUGAAAAUACUGCUAGUGCCAUUGCUCGUUCCUGUGCAGCGACCGCUUUGUCUCUCUUAGUGCCAGUUUUUAUUGUAUCCUACAAGGAAAAGGUUGAGGAAGUACUCAAUAUACUGGUUGCCAUGUUACCUGGGAAACCAAAUGCUGAUGAGUCUCAGGCUGUUCAAAUUCACAUGGGCCUUGCUUUGGGGAUGUUUAUCUCACGGUUAUGUGAAGAGAAAGUCAGUGAUGUAUCUGGCAGUCAAAUGAAUCUGCUCUUGAUGAAGUCCCUAGAUACGUUAGAAGACUGUUGCUUUGACACGAGUCUAGAAUACAACACUGGAUGCAUCCUUGGUGUAGGACUUGUUCUGUCAACAAUGAGCUGCAGCAGCCAAACAGAUUCUCAUUUUCACAUCUCUGCUUCCCUUCAUAAACUCUGCAAAUACUUGGAAGAUGCAGAAUACCAAAGCAGAACAUUCCAGGAGAUCCUUGCCUACACAAUCGCCUGUGUCUGUGUCUCUGCUUUCAGCGUUAGGAUCAUUGAGGCUACAGAGGCUGAGGAAGUCAUGAACAAGUUGCAGAAAUUAGCAGAAACUAAUCAACAGACUUCUGGCUUUGCUCUAGCAUUGGGUAGCAUCGUUUAUGGAUUGUCUGUCUGUGGACAUGGUAAAGCAGAAGACCUCAGUAACAGACUGCUUCCUGCCUGGAUGAAAAUUGUACUUGCAGAGGGAGCCCCUACGAUGCAACGACUUGCAGCAGUUAACGGGCUGGUUUCAGUGGUGGGUUCUGAAGGAGCCAUGAUACAGCUGAAAUCUGAAGCUGUCCAGUCUUCUCAGUUUCAGAGCAAACUUAAUGAAGUCAUCAGAACUCUGAGUCAGAUAAUCAGCUUUUCUGGGGUGAUUGGCCUUCAGACAAAUGCAGCAUGGCUCCUGGGACACCUGCAUCUCUCCAGUGUGUCUGCAACCCAUAGCCGAACAUUGGUUCCUCCAGACUUUAGCUACCUGCCUGAGAAGAGCUUCCUUAGGGCAGCUAUUGACUUUAUUAUUGAAGGUGGAAAGAAAGGCCCUGAACAGGUUUCUCCUAACUUGGUAAAAGUGGCAAUGACACCCAUCGCAUUAAUUGGAGAAAACUACCAGUACCCACCAGUGAACUGGGCAUCAAUUCUUUCCCCUCUGAUGAGACUAAAUUUUGGUGAAGAAAUUCAGCAGCUGUGUGUUGAACUAACUGUGACCCAGACCCCUUCAUCUCAGAAUGCUGUCACGCUUUUGGGGAUGUGGGUAGCACCACCUCUAGUAUACAGUCUAAGUGUAAAAACCAAGAAAUUCCUUUUCACUUCCUUUCCUCUGUGGAUGAAAUAUGUAGCAGAAGAUAAACUGCAGACCUUCACUGAAGUAUUUAUGGUGCAGCAUUUUGAAGCAAAGAACUAUUCAAAAAACCUGGAGCUUUGCUGGUGUGUUUUGCAGGGGCUCAGCCAAGCCAUGAAGCUUCCUAGCCCUGCUCAGUACAUCUGGAGCUUCCUUUGCAGGGCUGCCGAGAGAAUAUUUGAGCUUUUGCCAAAUGAGAUUCGGCAAAGUGAGGUGAAGAUGUAUAUAGAUGUAGCAAAAUGCCUUUCAGAAAUGACAGAUGCAGAGGUUGACAGGAUUUCCCAAAUCUCAAAGAACAAUGUGGAAAAGGUUGUCUUUGUUAAAGUUCAUUUAGUUUCUCAAGGCAGACUUCCUUUGCUCAGAUGGAAUGAUGUGAUUAGUAUUGGAGCUGGGUGCCAACAGAAAGAAGCCAUUGUUUGGAUGCUGUUGCAGAGUUUCUAUCAUGCACGAAUAGUGAGCCAUGAAAACACAGGAGUCUUAAAGAGAAUGGAGUGGCUCUUGGAACUGAUGGGAUAUAUUAGAAAUGUUUCCUUAAAGACAACCACUAUACAAAAUGUGGCUCCUAAAGAGGCUGUCAACUUCCUGUUGUGGAUCUUUGCUGCAUCUGUGGUUGCCUGGGCUGACCAUGCUGUACCACUGCUUCUUGGCCUCAGUGCCAGCUGGUCUCCCUGGGAAUGUGAGCCAUCAUUAGGAUUAUCUGCAAAUCAUUUGGGCAAUCGUCCAGUAGAUAAUCUGGCUGUCCAAGAGACCCUUACCCUUCUUCCAAGUAGCCUACAAAGUCUGUUGGCUAAAGAGCCUUGGAAAGAACAAACACAAAAGUUUAUUGACUGGAUGUUUUGUAUACUAGAGAGCUCAAGUGAAUCACUUUCCCAGCAUUCUAGAGAUCUUCUGAAAGCUUCACUGUUGGCCCUGAGAGCUCUCCCAGAGUUCAAGAAAAAAGCAAUAUGGACAAAGGCCUAUGGUUGGUAGCCACAGUAUGGCAUUUUUGCUUAUGCCGCAGAUCUGAACUAGUGAGAGAAAUAGACCUACUAAAGUGUCAAAAGUAGUAUUAAAGAGCAUAUAUGCUAUGGAGUAAGUAUAACAGAGCUUCCGUUCCAGAGGGAUUGCUGUCUUUCCUGAAGAAAAUGCUUAACUACGCUGACUGAGUGCACACAUACAUUUGUUUUGAUUUGAUCAAAAGCAAGGACAUUUCAUUACUUUUUUUUUUUUGCCUUCGUAAAAGCUUGCUUUAAAUUUGAACUGCAGUGUUUCAUUUUGUGAAAUGUACAGAAGAACAGAGUGUGUUUACAGACAUGCACAAAGCCUUUAUGAUAUACUGGAUAUAACUUUUCUAUAAUCUGGUGGCAAAAUUAAAAACAUUAUCUUGAAA